UUCUUACCAAACAAAAACCUAAUAGAGGAAAAUAAGAGCAAGGGGUAUAAGUGGAAGUUCAACAAAAGUUGGGGAGAGAGCUCAAAAGAUCAACAGAAACCAGAUGGAAAAGAGAAGAAAAACAAGAGACUUUGAGAGACACCGGAAUUUUGGAAAACCAUCAAACUCUCUCUUACUUACCAAUGACACUAUCUGAGCUUCAAUCCUUCGAAAUCACUUCCUUUCAUUCAUUUAUCUUAAAUGUUUAUAAAUACUCAGCUCAUUUUUCAAAUUUCACUUCAAACUCAAUCAUCUUCCCCUGUUCUUUUUUACUCAUUAUUCUGUAGCGUUUUUUGGUUCCUUGAUCUUCUAACAAUGGCUAAGAAUUUGGCUCAGGCAUUUCUCGAGAGGAAAAAUCUGGCCUCUCAUGACCCAAAAGUUGCAAUGGCAAAGCGCUGUGCUAGAGAGGGUGUGAUAGCAGGAGCAAAAGCAGCUGCUAUUGCAAGUAUUGCCACUGCGAUUCCCACUUUUGCCAGUGUGAGGAUGCUGCCAUGGGCAAAAGCUCAUCUGAAUCACACAGCUCAAGCUCUCAUAAUUUCCACAGUGGCUGGAGCAGCAUACUUCAUAGUGGCUGACAAGACUGUUCUAGCAACAGCAAGAAGAAACUCCUUCAAACAAAAACCCAACACUGAAGCAUAUGAAUUCAAUUGAAUUCUAAACCUUGAAAAUUUGAGGGUGGCCAUUGGAAGAAGCUAACCUCAUAUGGAUUUGAGGGCAGGCAUUGAAGGAAGCUAGCCAUCUCAAUAUUUGCUUACUUUUGCUCUUUUGAAAUUUACUCUUGGGUUUUGUAUCAGGAAAAUCUAUGUAAAUCCAUUUGCUAUUUGAAUAAAUAAAAAUGGGUUUCCAAAUGUUUCUCUCA